CCUGCCGCACCUGAGCACGGCCCUCGCCCCGAGCCGGCCGCGAUGCUCUAGGGACCGGCGGCGGCUCUGUCCUAGCAGCCGGACCGUUAUCCGCGCCAGGGCUACCAGGGACGCCCGACCCACCGGCGAGAUGCCGCGCUCCUUCCUGGUCAAGAAGCAUUUCAACGCCUCCAAAAAGCCAAAUUACAGCGAACUGGACACACACACAGUGAUUAUUUCCCCAUAUCUCUAUGAGAGUUACCCCAUGCCAGUCAUCCCACAACCAGAGAUCCUCAGCUCAGGAGCAUACAACCCCAUUACCGUGUGGACUACAACCGCUCCAUUCCACUCCCCGCUGCCGAAUGACCUCUCUCCUCUCUCUGGAUAUCCCUCAGCCUUGGGGCGAGUGAGUCCUCCUCCUCCAUCUGACACCUCCUCCAAGGACCACAGUGGCUCAGAAAGCCCCGUUAGUGAUGAAGAGGAAAGAAUACAAUCCAAGCUUUCAGACCCCCAUGCCAUUGAAGCUGAAAAGUUUCAGUGCAAUUUAUGCAAUAAGACCUAUUCAACUUUUUCCGGGCUGGCCAAACAUAAGCAGCUACACUGUGAUGCCCAGUCUAGGAAAUCCUUCAGCUGUAAAUACUGUGACAAGGAGUAUGUGAGUCUGGGGGCCCUCAAGAUGCACAUUCGGACCCACACCUUACCUUGUGUCUGCAAGAUCUGUGGCAAAGCGUUUUCCAGACCCUGGCUACUUCAAGGACACAUUAGAACUCACACUGGGGAGAAGCCUUUUUCUUGCCCUCACUGCAACAGAGCGUUUGCAGACAGGUCAAAUCUGAGGGCCCAUCUGCAGACCCAUUCUGAUGUAAAGAAAUACCAGUGCAAAAACUGCUCCAAAACCUUCUCUCGAAUGUCGCUUCUGCACAAACAUGAGGAAUCAGGCUGCUGUGUAGCACACUGAGUGACGCAAUCAGUGUUUACUGGGAUAGAAUUCAUUUCUUCACUCCAAUUCCAAAUGACAGCUAAGAGUCCAAAGGCAUUUUCUCUUGUGCUUACUAGCCAAAAAAUACACAAACACACACAGCUGAAAAUCACGAAAUCCAUGUGUUUAAAGUUAAUCCUUUCCAUGUGACGUUUAAAGUUACUAUAUAUUUACUGACAGCUAGAUUGAGAGGAUAAAAGACAAGGACCUUACUUUCCAAAAAUGAAGCAAAAAACACAUUGCAUUUCUUUGUUUGUUUGUUUUCUGUUUUUUUUUUUUUUUAACUAAAGAAGAAUGCAAGAUUUAUAUUGCUGCCAAAUCAUUUCAACUGAAGCAUUGCUUUGGAAUAGAGUUUGUAAUAGAAUUUCCUAUAGGAAGAGAAUAUCCCAAACACUAUCUCAGGUGCCUUGUAAAGUAAUCCAAGUUUACUUCAUUACAUGUUUGAUGUCUGGUUGCCCUGUUAAACUAAGGCCCUUUUUGAUUAUCUGUAAUGCUUUAAACUAUAUGUUUAAGGGUGGGAAAAAAAGAACAAGAACAAGACAGAAAAGAAUGUAUUAAAAGUUUUUUUUGGGGGGGAUGGGGAGGUUCUUUCUUUCUUUCUUUUUUGCCAGUAAAGAGUAUGUGCCUUAGGGGAGGAGAGAUAAUAAACUUUGGACAUUCCUGGUGCAUGCUUGAUCCAUGUCUUAUAUUUUUUAACGAUUUUCUAAACUUAAUUAAAAAUGGGAAUAAGUGCAAGAGAGGAUACUUGGGAACUCAGUAACGUUCUUAAGAUAUUUGAAAUGCCUGCAGCAAAUGCAAUACACUAAACAACACCCCCUUCCAAGUGCCUUUUUCUAAUUGUAUAAAUGAUGAGUCAAUGUAAAUUUGUGUUUAUUUUUAUAUGAUUGAAUGGGUUUUGUAUGAAAGAUGUUGUCUAUAGCCAUGCCUAUAAACGAACUGAAGAUUUGUAAAAUCAAUAUUUCUUAAAAAAAAAUUUAAAGGUCUUUUU